GAAUACUCUGUUUCAUCAAUAAAAAUGAGGAUUCAUAUGGCAGAAAAGAACACCAUCUCGCUUUGACUAGUCCUGAGAGCAGAAGAAAGGAUGUAAACUUGUUAGGAAUUAUGCGGACACCUAUAGCAAACAUACUAAAGAAAGUAGAGAAGGGGGGCCCGGGAAAUAUUCCCAAGCACAGCAAAAAGGUAACGCGCCAUGAAUAUGAAGUUGAGACUUCGAAUUGGAGAACUAUAACGAAGCGCCGAAAGACAAAGAGCACCGUGAUGUUUGGGGAACCAAACUCUCAGAAGGCGGUGCAUUCAAAGACCCCAAAUGCUAGCAAGGAUAUCAUGAAAAUCAGGAAGUUCUUAACUGAAGACUGUUUGACUUCAUAGUGAAGCCUUAUGAAGCAGAGAUUGCACGCAGGAUUAUGCGGUCAUCUUCAGUGUAAUCAACAUUCCAAGCUUUGGCAGGCAGGUGCGUGUAUUAGGAAUGUUAAACUGAUUCCGUAACCAAACUUUUUAAUCUGAAGCAUAUCUGUCUUCGCUUGUGUACCAAGGUGGAUUAGGUCCAUCACAGCUGUCUACCAAGGUGGAUUUUUGGUCAUAGUUAUGCCUAUAACUAUCUCUUCCUUUCAGAUUUUACUACAUUCAAGCAGGAAGUAUGAUGUUAUCUUUUCAUUCGUGGCUUACUGAUGCAGCAGUUUAUGGAGGUUCUUUCUGGAUUGUUGCUGCUCAGUAACCAUAUAUUCACGGUUCGAAGUAUUAACCUUGGAUGAAGUUUUCCUACAUUUCUGAAUAAAACUCUUGGUCACUAUAUCAUUGUGGUUCCUUUUGGUGGCAAAUAACCAGUGACAACAUUGAAAGGUGUAUUAAAUCUUCCUGGGUUUUGGGUGUUGCAAGUUGGUGGGGUUGACCCUCGGUUAUCUUCUGGAUGUUUUUCUUUCUGUGCUGCGGCUUUGCAGAAUGGAUUUCCCUCUCGAGUGAAACUGUUGAGGAGUGCUGCCUGGUUACCAAUUGUUGUGGUUCAAAUUUGGCCCGGGGGUGACCACGCCGGAGGAGUCGAGGGAGCCGCUGGUUGUUGGAAGAAGAAGACGGGGGCCAUCUCCUGCGCGACGGCGGCGGACCUGCACAAAACCUCAUCAGUAUUUCCGGUGAGGGUCCUCCGACGAUCAAGUUAGAGUAGGGUAAAUUUGGUCCAGCCAAAAGUCCCUUAGAAGUAGAG